AUGGCUCCCAGGAAACGCCCAGAAACCCAGAAGACCCCUGAGGUGGUCGUGCGCCCCAAGAGCAAGAGGAACAGAAGCCCACGGGAGCCGGAGCCCGAGGCCAAGAAGCUCUGUGUGAAGGGCCCCGGUUCUAGCAGAAGAUUUGACUCAGGCUGCCUUUGGGCGGGGUUGAGUAGCCUGCGGGUCCCGCCGCUAUGCAGCAGCAUCGUCAGGGCCCUCCACCAGCAUAAGCUGGGCAGAGCUGCCUGGCCAUCACUGCAGCAGGGUCUCCAGCAGUCCUUUUUGAACUCUCUGGCUUCUUACCGGAUAUUCCAAAAGGCUGCCCCUUUUGACAGGAGGGCCACAUCCCUGGCAUGGCACCCAACUCACCCCACCACCCUGGCUGUGGGCUCCAAAGGGGGAGAUAUCUUGCUCUGGAACUUUGGCAUAAAGGACAAACCUACCUUCAUUAAAGGGAUUGGAGCUGGAGGGAGCAUCACGGGGCUGAAGUUUAACCCUCUCAAUACCAACCAGUUUUUCACCUCCUCAAUGGAGGGAACAACUAGGCUGCAAGACUUUAAAGGCAACACUCUCCGAGUUUUUGCCAGCUCAGACACCUGCAACGUCUGGUUUUGCAGCCUGGAUAUAUCUGUCAAAAGCCGAGUGGUGGUCACGGGAGACAAUGUGGGGCACGUGAUCCUGCUGAACAUGGACGGCAGGGAGCUUUGGAAUCUGAGAAUGCACAAAAAGAAGGUGACCCAUGUGGCCCUGAACCCGUGCUGUGACUGGCUCCUGGCCACAGCCUCCGUAGAUCAAACGGUGAAAAUCUGGGACCUGCGCCAGGUCAGAGGGAAAUCCAGUUUCCUCCACUCGCUGCCGCACAGGCAUCCUGUCAACGCAGCUCAUUUCAGUCCCGAUGGAGCCCAGCUCCUGACCACUGACCAGAAGAGUGAGAUCCGGGUUUACUCUGCUUGCCGGUGGGACUGCCCGCCAAGCCUGAUCCCACAUCCUCACCGCCACUUCCAGCACCUGACACCCAUCAAGGCAAGCUGGCAUCCUCGGUACAACCUCAUUGUCGUGGGCCGAUACCCAGAUCCUAAUUUCAAAAGUUGUUCCCCCCAUGAAUUAAGGACGAUCGAUAUGUUUGAUGGAAGCUCAGGAAAGAUCAUGUAUCAGCUGUAUGACCCAGAAUCUUCUGGUAUCAUGUCGCUCAAUGAAUUCAAUCCCAUGGGGGACACGCUGGCCUCCGUGAUGGGUUAUCACAUUCUCGUUUGGAGCCCGGAGGAUGCUGGGACUCAGAAAUGA